GGAGCCAUUCGUUUUCACUUCCUGGAUGUGCACAACUGGCAGUGCUGCACAAUGAAAAUACUCACUUUAUUGAGCUUAUUUUCCACAUAUCUAUUAGCGAACAGCGUCAACAUAGAGGAUAGCGCAGGACAAUUCUUCAGCAGUGGUCACACAAAUAACUGGGCAGUUCUGGUGUGUACAUCCAGAUUCUGGUUCAACUACCGUCAUGUGGCCAAUACUCUGUCUGUCUACAGAAGUGUUAAGAGACUGGGCAUCCCUGACAGCCACAUAGUCCUGAUGCUGGCUGAUGACAUGGCUUGUAACCAUAGAAACCCAAAGCCUGCCACAGUGUUUAGCCACAAGAACAUGGAGCUGAACGUGUAUGGUGACGAUGUGGAGGUGGACUACCGAGGUUAUGAGGUGACAGUGGAGAACUUCCUGCGAGUUUUAACUGGAAGGCUGCCGCCCAGCACUCCACGCUCCAAACGCCUCCUCUCUGAUGACCGAAGCAACAUCCUCAUAUACUUAACAGGCCAUGGCGGAAAUGGCUUUUUGAAGUUCCAGGACUCAGAGGAGAUCAGUAAUGUGGAACUGGCCGACGCUUUUGAGCAGAUGUGGCAGAAAAGAAGGUACAACGAGCUGCUCUUCAUCAUUGACACCUGUCAGGGAGCCUCGAUGUAUGAGAGGUUCUACUCUCCAAACCUCAUGGCUUUGGCCAGCAGUCAAGUUGGAGAGGACUCCCUGUCGCACCAGCCAGAUUUGGCCAUCGGAGUUCACCUGAUGGACCGUUACACCUUCUACCUGCUGGAGUUCCUGGAAGACAUCCACCCUGCAAGCAAAGCCAACAUGAAUGACCUGUUCAAAGUAUGUCCCAAGAGCCAGUGUGUGUCCACUCCGGGCCACCGUACUGACCUGUUCCUGAGGGACCCAGGAAGCGUCCUCAUCACUGAUUUCUUUGGUAGUGUCCGUAAAGUCGAGAUCACCAUGGAAACCAUCAACUUGACCGACCCCAUCGAACCUUUGGAGGAGACUCCUGUGAACGGAGAGCUGCAAAAAGAGAGAUACUCAUAUGUGGACCAGCUGCCGGUGUCUGAGAUCAUCCAUCAGAAACCCAAACAGAGAGACUGGCAUCCUCCUGACGGCUUCAUCCUGGGCCUGUGGACUCUAAUCCUGCUGGUGUUUUUCAAGACCUAUGGCAUCAAGCACCUCAAACACAUCUUCUGAGGCCUCGGUGUUUAUGUCGCUGGAUAUCAGAGGAUGUGGAGCCGAGGGAGACCAGGAGCCUGCGCUGAAGGGAUAUUAGAGGGAAGGUGCGGUUUGUGCCAGGCUUGUUUUUUCUUCCAUGGAAAGAAGAUGUAUGUCACCACAAGUGCUUGGCCAGAUAUGGUGUGAUGCUAUUGGUGCCCUUUUUUUUUAUUUUUGGACAAUUGCUCCCUACUGAUGAAAUGUUAAAAACAAAAUUAAGUUUGAAGAUAAAUGGCAAAUACUUGAAGUCAUGCAUCAGGUAUGGGCAUCGGCAUGGGAAUACUUUUAGUGGUACGGUUAUUUUAAGUGUUUUAUGUGUUCACUUUGACAAGGAGUUCAAUAUAUUUAUUGUUUUUGUGUGUCAAAACUACUUUUUUGUUCAGCCAUUCUAUAAUUGCGCUGAUUUGGUUAAAAAUGCACUGAAUUGAGUCCUUAGAUAAGAAUUUAAUUUGUUUUAGAGAGCUGCAUAUUUCAGCAGCAGCCUUUUUUUUUUGUUUAAGUGCUACUCAGAACAUCUGCUCGGUCAGAAAGAGAAAUGUGCAACGAGAGCGGGCUGAUUGGCUGUGAGCAGGCUGUGGACAGAUUACUAUUUAAUGUCUCUCUUGUCAAUAUACAUUACACUCCUUGACCGUCAUAUCAUGCUUGUGAAAGAUAACAACCCUACAUAAUACCAUCUUGCAUGAUGGACCCAUCCACUUUUCCAUUCACCAAAUUGCCCUCCUAGCUCUCCAGCCGUGUACUCCACUGAUUGUAUUCUGGGUGAUGGACAGCUAUUUCCCCAGCCAUUCCGCGUCUCGCGCCACAGCAGCGAUAAGUGAGUGAUAACCUAGUAAGCCGCCGGCCGUCCCAAAUGAAUCUCCUCAUUGCUAGGACGUGUUUUCCUCCUUACUUCUCUCCCUUUCUCUCCAUGUGUAACCACUCUGCAUUAGGCUCAUUGUUGGGGGAGUGACUGAUGCUCAAAGCAUAUGGAUUGAACUGGCGGUAGUUUAUCUUUGCUCCUUGGCGUGAGGACCCGCCCAUUGGGUGCCCAGUGCCACUCUCGCUGGCGGCUGAAGUGGAAAAUAGAUGGAGUUGGAAAUGAAACCAUAUGUAUUGGAAGGCAGCUGCUGCGUCAGCCACUGUGUACCUUUUCUUAUACAUUAUUUAUGCAACACUUAUUUCUUCUUCCUUUUUACUCCCUGUUUCUUAUUUCCUCUAAUGGUAUUCCUCCAGCUUCCCUUUCAUUGAAAGCUAGCACACUUUAUUUCCUCAAUUGGUGAGAUUUUGAUGCCCUGAUUAAAGAUGAAAUACUGAAUCAAAGGAAUAAAUUUAUGUCUUUAA